AUGAUGUCUUCCACUUCCAUGGCGGCGCGCACCGGCGCCCGCCAACUCCUUCGACGAUCUGCGUCCGUGGCUCCUCCGAGCCCCAGCCCGAUUGUCCUCGGCCGAAACCACAGCAUCAACAACGCCCGUAACCUCUCGACGGCGAGGCCUCUGGCCGUCCCGUCGGCUCGUCUCCGCACGCCAUCCACGCCGGUGCGCCAGCAACGACAGGGCUACGCUACCACCACGAACCCCAACCCCCCGCUCGACAAGAAGAAUGCCUCGAAUGACGUCCCGUCCCGCAUCGCCCUGAUCGGCGCCCGUGGAUACACCGGUCAGGCUCUGAUCGAUCUCUUCGAAGCCCACCCCUACAUGGACCUUCGCCAUGUGUCGUCACGAGAGCUCGCCGGCAAGGAGCUUGAGCGAUACACCAAGCGCAAGGUCAUCUACGAACACCUGACGCCCGAGGAUGCUGCGCAGCUCGACGCCAAGGGCGAGAUCGACUGCUGGGUCAUGGCCCUCCCCAACGGCGUGUGCAAGCCCUACGUGGAUGCUAUCAACGAAUCGCAGAAGGGCAAGAGCGGCGGAAGCGUCAUCGUCGACCUCUCUGCCGAUUACCGCUUCGACAAGGAGUGGGCCUACGGACUGCCCGAGCUCACCAAGCGCUCCGACAUCUUCCCGUCUACCCGCAUCUCCAACCCCGGAUGCUACGCCACGGCCGCCCAGCUCGGCAUUGCGCCUCUGGUCGAGCACCUCGCCGGGGAGCCUGUCGUCUUUGGCGUUUCGGGCUACUCGGGCGCCGGCACGAAGCCGUCCCCCAAGAACGACGUCAACCUGCUGAAGGACAACCUCAUUCCCUACAGUCUGACGGGCCACGUCCACGAGCGGGAGAUCAGCCACCACCUCGGUACCUCGGUUGCUUUCAUCCCCCACGUCGCCAGCUGGUUCCGUUCCAUUCACCUCACCAUCAACAUCACGCUCAACAAGACCAUGACCUCGCGCGACAUCCGCCAGCUGUACCAGGACCGCUAUGCCGGCGAGAAGCUCGUCAAGGUCGUGGGCGAGGCGCCCCUCGUGCGCUCCGUGUCCUCGCUGCACCACUGCGAGAUUGGAGGCUUCGCCGUUGACAACACUGGCAAGCGUGUCGUCAUCUGCGUCUCCAUGGACAACCUCAACAAGGGAGCUGCUACUCAGUGCCUGCAGAACAUGAACCUUGCGCUCGGUUACGCGGAGUACCAGGGCAUCCCCAACGUGUAG